UUAAAAUGCCCUGCUAAUUAGCACCCAGCGGUUUGACACCCCUACCCCUGCCUUUACACCACCGUCCCACUAUAUAAUGCAAGAGCCUCUUCGCACUUGGCUUAACCUUGUCCUUCUCUUCGUCUGCAUGCAUACCUUCAUCAUGGCUUCCACCUCACCCAUCUCCACUGUUUACGUUCAAAAUCUCGAAGAGCGCGUCAAGCUUGAUGCAUUGGUUGAUGCUUUGGGAACAAUAUUCGCAGAGUUCGGCAAUGUCAUUGAUAUCGUAGCGAAGAAGAAUCUGCGUGCCAAAGGGCAAGCAUUCGUCGUAUUUGAUAAGCCAGAUAGUGCGCAAGAUGCUAUCAACGAAAUCGACGGUUUUGAGCUUUUCGGCAAGCCCAUGAAACUUGCUUUCGCGCGAACACAGAGCGACAAAACGAUCGAACUGAACGGCAACCAAGAAGAGCUCGAGCAACAUAAGCGCCAUCGACAGGCCGAGAAAGAUAAACGCAAGGCCCUUGAGUCUGCGGAAGAGCAGAGACAAAUCAACAAGCGAGGGUCUGGCUCAGUCAACGACAACCGGCCAGCAAAGGCCGCGAAAUCAUCAGGCCUCAAGUCCACCAGCGCUGCAGCAUCCGGCAGUGUGCUUGACGAGUUCCUCCCCCCCAACAAGAUUCUAUUCGUCCAGAAUUUCCCCGAAGAUUAUGACAUUGAGGCUCUGACCAGUGUCUUCGGCCGAUUUGACGGGUUUCGCGAGGUCAGGCUGGUACCUGGUCGUCGUGGUAUCGCUUUUGUUGAGUACGAGGCGGAACAGGGUGCCAUAACCGCAAAGGAAAACACAGCUGGGUUACACUUGGGAGACAAACCCAUCAAAGUCACAUACCAGCGACAGUGAAACUGAAUGCUAGUAUCGAUAAAGAAGUCCAUCUUUGUUAAUUAGGAAGGCAAUGGUGUUAGCUGAUGGAUACUUAUUUAAUGAUAAACACA